GGCCGGCUUCCUGCCCUACGCUUGCGUUGGCUUCGUUCAAACAGGCCGCUUUCGUCAACACCCAAUCAGAAAGCUCGAUCUUCGGCCGCCGCCCAAUAGGCGCGUGGAAUGGGAGGAAAAAAGGGCGUGAAGCCCAAUCGCAGCGCCAUCACAGUUGAGGGCGAAGAGGGUAGGAAGCCGGCAUGGCGCUCCGGUCAAUAAAAUCGAUAGCUGGAAGCUGCCUGUGUUCCAGGCAAAGGCAGUGCAGUAGCAGCGCCGCCAUUUUCCCCGAAGGCAUCUUCCGGUGCCUUUCCCCCAAGUUUGGGCAGGAGUUUCCUGAAUAACAGCGAGAGGUUUCCGUUAGCCGUGCAGGCGGUUGAUUCCGAUUCCCUCCUGACCUGCCCUGGGCGCACUCAAGUCCCAGUCCGGCGGCAGCUCCCAAGUCCCGGGGUCCGCCAGGGGCCGAGGCUCGGACGGAGAAGUUCGUGGAGUCUGCUUCUCGGGUCCAAUGGCACCGCCUUCGGCUCCACUUUCCGCAGGGGGAGCAGGAAAGGCCGGACCCGGCCGGAGAAGGGGAAGGAAACCAAGGGCCAUGAAGUUCGCGGACGUGGCAGUGUACUUCUCCCCGGAGGAGUGGGAGUGUCUGCGGCCCGCGCAGAGGGCCCUGUACCGGGACGUGAUGCAGGAGACCUACCGCCACCUGGGCGCGCUCGGGUGCGCAGGUCCCAAACCAGCCCUCAUCUCCUGGUUGGAACGAAAUACCGAUGACUGGGAACCAGCUGCCCUGGAUCCACAGGAGUGCCCAAGGGGGUUAACAGUCCAAAGAAAAACCAGAACCAGAAAGAAGACUGAAGAGAAGGAAGUAUUUCCACCCAAGGAGGCACCACGAAAGGGGAAGAGGGGGCGGAGGCCCAGCAAGCCCCGACUGAUACCCAGACAGACAUCUGGGGGUCCCAUAUGCCCUGACUGCGGUUGUACCUUCCCUGAUCACCUGGCUCUGAAAAGCCACAAGUGUGCCCAGAAUCUAAAAAAGCCUUACCCUUGCCCAGACUGUGGGCGCCGCUUUUCUUAUCCAUCCCUGUUGGUCAGUCACCGGCGGGCACACUCUGGUGAAUGUCCCUAUGUUUGUGACCAGUGUGGCAAGCGUUUCUCCCAGCGUAAGAAUCUCUCCCAGCACCAGGUUAUCCACACAGGGGAGAAGCCCUACCAUUGCCCUGACUGUGGCCGCUGCUUCCGUAGGAGCCGGUCCUUGGCCAAUCACCGGACCACACAUACGGGCGAAAAACCCCACCAGUGUUCUAGCUGUGGGCGACGCUUUGCCUACCCAUCCCUGCUAGCCAUCCACCAGCGCACACAUACAGGAGAGAAGCCCUACACCUGCCUCGAAUGCAACCGCCGCUUCCGCCAGCGCACUGCUCUUGUCAUCCACCAGCGCAUCCACACUGGUGAGAAGCCAUACCCAUGUCCAGACUGUGAGCGGCGCUUCUCUUCGUCCUCUCGCCUUGUGAGCCACCGGCGAGUACACUCUGGGGAGCGUCCUUAUGCCUGUGAACACUGUGAGGCCCGCUUCUCUCAGCGCAGUACGCUGCUCCAGCACCAGCUCUUGCACACAGGAGAGAAGCCCUAUCCCUGCCCAGACUGUGGUCGUGCCUUCCGUCGGAGCGGCUCCCUAGCCAUACAUCGCAGCACACACACCGAGGAGAAGCUGCACGCGUGUGAUGACUGUGGCCGUCGGUUUGCUUACCCCUCACUACUGGCCAGUCACCGGCGCGUUCACUCAGGCGAGCGGCCCUAUGCUUGCGACCUGUGCUCUAAGCGUUUCGCCCAGUGGAGCCACCUGGCGCAGCACCAGCUUCUGCACACUGGGGAGAAGCCUUUCCCCUGCCUUGAGUGUGGCCGUUGCUUUCGCCAGAGGUGGUCUCUGGCAGUCCACAAGUGUAGCCCCAGGGUCCAAAACUGUAGGCCUAGAUCUGUUAUAGAGGGACCCAGUCAGAAGGACAGUGCCCUUUAGAAUGGGAAGAACUGUCUUAAGUUCAUUUCAUUUCAUAGGCCCAGAGAAGGGAAGGAGAAGCCCCAGGUCAUGCAGGGCAGAUUGAGUACUAUAACUCAGGUCUCCUGCACAGACCUGAACUUGAGUAUGUUCCAACCACACUGGCUGCCUUAUUCUGUCUAGAACAGACAGUCCCAUUAGGAGAGGUGACAUCUUUUGCUUCAAGUUUAGCAAGCUACCCUACCUUACAAGAAUUUCUGUGUGUGGACAUCAGGGUAAAAGUUCUCCCCAUAUAUUUUAGGGUCUGCCUGCCUUUCAAACGUGCAUGUAGGGAAUAUCUGUCCCCUUGCAUGCAGACAGGAGGCUCCCAGUAGGUGGCAGGAUGUUACCCUACUCUGCCUCUUCCUCUAUACCAGGUUUAAAUAACCUUGUUUAGACCCCUUCUUACAACACUCCUGCCAAGUGGUUUUCUACCCUAACUUUAAAACUCCCUUGACAGGGAGCUCACUACCUCAAAAGGCAGGUCAUUUCAUUGUGGGAUAGCUGUGAUCUUUAGAGCAUGGUUAAAUGGCACAUUCUCCUUCCCUGUAAGCCUUGCCCAGAAUAUGUUUAAUUCUUCUACAUGGCAGCCUUUCAGAUAACUUAGUCACAACUACUUUGCCCCCAUGUUUUCAGCAUUAAUUUGGUCAAUCAGUCCUUAAAGAUAGGGUUUCAGUUCCCACAUAUGAUCUCCAACAGGUGCUGGUUUUUCACUAUCCCUUUUAAAGAAUCAUACAAGAAUAAGCCAGCAUACCUUCUUGUUCUAUAGUUGUUUUAACAGCUCUAGAUUGCAUUGGAUCUGGGAGGAGUGCAGCACUGUACCAGGGGUUUAUUGGGUUGCAGACUCCCAAACACCUAAGGUUGCCCCCCCGCCCCAAAUCCUGAUUUUAGAAACAUCAAUCAGCUACCUUCUGUAUGUGUCCUGAGGACCAAACCUACAACCUGGUGUAUAGGACGAUGCUCUAACUAACUGAACCACCCAGCCAGGGUCCUAAGGUUUUUUAAACCACAUGGUGUGAAGCUAAGUUUUCUGCACCCUGUGUUUGUUCAAGUUGGUUCUGGCACACAAGUGCUGUGAACUUUGGGAAAAGAUUGAUCUUAAGGAAAAGCAAGGACAGUAUGGGCUAGCAGCAAGAAGUGAAAAGACCAGCUUGUACUUAACCUGGUGGAUUUGGAUUGGUUCUUGGCAGCUAGUAGUUGGAAAACCCUAGGUCUCGCUUCAGCCCAGAACCUUCCAUGAGCUCUCAGUCAACUUUUUUUUUCCCCCCAUAAAGUGAGGUGAGGUCAUUCAAGGAGGGUAGAAAGCUAGGUGAUUACAUAUGAAGCAGAAAGAGUAUACAUAGAAUUACUGAGUUGUGUUCAUGUCUGCCCCCUCACAUAAGCUCCAGAAGUCAGCAUUGUGUCUUAAUUUUUUAUUUGCUUCCAUGGCACCCACCCCUGAGUAGGUAGGUGCUCAGUAAAGCUUUACUGAAUUGAAUGAACAGUCCUAUCACUUCACCUUGGGUAGCUGCACCAAAUUGGAAUUUCCAUGCCUGACUUGUCUCAUUCCAACACCUGGAAGGGGUCAUCCUACUCCUGUUGCUUCUUUCCGUUCUCCUGAUAUCAGCCCCAGAGUGGGGGAGCAGCUGGGGAACCCAGCUUUUGUGAUUACCUCUGUUCUGGUGUUUAGCAAGUUGCAUUGUAACUCUUUCUCCUUGGAUAAUGAGCUACCCCAAGGUAGGGGUCAGACCAGACUGGGUCUUAUUAAAAUAUCUGUUGAGUGAA